AUGCUCGCUGUUGAAAUUCCAGCAAUCAUUUUAUCGAUUUUUAUCUUUGUUUAUUUCGCUCUGAAUCGUCAAGCUUGUACAAAACUCAAAAAUCAUGGGUGGCUUAUUUUACUUCUUGUCAAUUUCUUUCAACUGAUUCUUAAUUUACCGAUGCCAAUGAGUUAUUAUUAUAUGAAUUAUAUUUGGCCACCAACAAAUACAUAUUGUGUAUGGUGGACAUGGUGUGAAUUCUCAUUGAAUGGUAUCGGAUUAUUUUUAAUGGCAUGGAUCUCAAUCGAACGACAUUUAAUCAUUUUUCAUUCCCAUACGAUGCUUCAAACACGAUGGAAAAAAUGGACUUUUCACUUCAUACCCAUUGUUUUCUGUUUAAUUUGGGCACCACUAUUGUUUUUUAUAUUAGUUGUCCUUAGUCCACUUUGUACAACUCUAUGGGAUUUUAACUUAUUUCUUUGCGGUUUUCCAUGUUAUUAUGCAGAAAAAUUUCUCAAUCAAUUUGAUUUCAUCUUCAAUCUUUUCCUUCCCGUUAUGAUCAUUAUACUCUCAAAUGUGGCAUUAGUUAUUCGAGUAAUCUAUCAAAAAAUGUCUCGACAACAAGCAAUCAAUUGGCGACGUCAUCGUAAAAUGGUAUUGCAACUAUGGAUCGUCUCAUCACUAUAUAUGGGAUUUUGGCUACCUGUUACAAUCACACUAUUUAUUCAAAUUACUAUACUACCUUCAUUUAUGACCGACCAACUGGAAGCAAUGCAAUUUGCUGCGUAUUUCAUUCCACUCUUGCUGCCAGUAAUAUGUCUCAGUACACUUCCCGAAUUAGUGAAGAAAAUAAUGGAAAUUAUCAGCAUACGACAAAUGAAUGUGAUUGGUAUAGUUUCUUACAAUCAAAAUACAGUACAAACGGCGACCAUUCCUACUAUUGCAUGA